GGUGAGGUGACAUUUUUGUGACAAACGUCACCAAAGUGACUGUGAGAAUCGCAAUUUUCUGAGUCACGUCACGGAAGAAAAUAAAUUCAUAAAAUUUUUUUACGUUUGCGUUCGCAAACCAACUAGCUACGAUACGUCCAAUAGCUUCAAAUCAACCUGUGUUUAUUAGCGAAAGUGAGCUAAAACAGCAUACAAAUUGGAAGGAGAUAACACUCGCACUCGGGGAAGCAUUUUUAUCUGUUUCCAAUACGGCUAAGUCAAGCGAUCACCCGCACAGCUCACAGCCACAGAGGUCAUUUGUGAGUACAGAUGGAGGAGUUUUAUUGUGUAUGCCGGGUUUCAUUGGGAAUCAUAGUGUGUUUAAAAAUGCCCCAAUGAAAACGCGCCAGUCUACAUUGGCCUGCAAAUUGAUUACAAGUUUUGCAGCGAAUCCCGAGAGAAACCCAUCGCUUCCAGCUAUAAAUGGGAAUAUUUUUUUGUUCGACGAAAUUACUGGGAAACUGCAGGCCACAUUGGAAGCAAAUUACCUCACUGGGUUGAGAACGGCGGCUGCAUCAAUUGUCGCUACCGAGCAGGUGUUUUUCCCGAGGAUUCAAGAUAAAUCAAAACUAGUUCUGGGAAUUGUUGGAACAGGAACACAAGGCGAGUUUCAUGCUAUUGGAUUCAUGAAUACCCACGCGUUUCAUCGAAUUAAACUUUGGAAUCGUACACGAUCUCGUAGCGAAAAACUUAAAAGCAAGUUAGUCGCAAUGGCACCGAGUAGUGUUAACCCUGAAGUUAAAAUAACAGUUCAUGACACCGCUGAAGAUUGCUGCAAGGAUUGUGAUAUUAUCGUUACAGCUACCAGUUCUAGCGAAUCUCUGGUGUUCAAGCGGUUCCUAAAAUCCAAUGUCCACAUUAAUGCAAUCGGAGCUAGAGCCAUUCAUCAUAUUGAAAUAGAUCAAGAUAUUUAUGACCAUUGCCAAGUAUUCAUCGACUAUUGGGAUGGAGCUCGUGCGGAACUAGCUGCAUUGAAGGCAAACAUUGUUGGUGAAAUAGGAGAAGUUAUGUUAGAGAAGAAAAUCAUCCCAACUGGAGGUAUAACUGUUUUCCAAUCACUUGGCAUGGCUGUUGAAGAUGCUGUCAUAGCUCGUUUAUUUUACACCAAACAUACCUUGUCAAAAGCUGAACACUCAAGUUCGGCUUAAAAUGCCUAAUCAGGUGUUUUACAAAUCGUAAUAAAAAUUAUUUUGUGUUUUCACUUUCAAAUAUGGAAUAAAGUCCUACAAGGCCCCGUUUGUU